AUGAUGCGUGCCGCCCUGCUAAUCGGCCUGCUGGCUGUGGCUGGUCUGGGUACGGCCCAGCCCACCGCAGAACAGUCCGCUGACGAAGCCACGCAGCAGCUGCCGCGAGCCGCAAAGAUGGGAGAAUCCAGAGCGGAUUACUACGCGAAGAAAUACGCCGACCACCCGCGAAAAAGCAGCAGCAGCAUAACUGAAAAGCACGUGAUUGGUCGGCCAUAUGUGACGACAUACGAGGACAUCAGCGAGGACUACAGUCCGUAUCUGGAUGACGGGGAGGAUAUCGGCAACUCUGUGCGAGGAAACGAGACGGCCCGCUUCUUCGGUCUGUCCACCAGUUCUCAGGACCUGCAGCUGGGCCUGCAGUUCACGGUGCCGUUCCUCUCCAUCCCGCUUGGAUCUCUGAUGGGCCAGUACGCCGACUGGUCCACCAUGCUCUCCGUCAACUGGCCCAGCCUGCUGGCGCUCGGCCUGACGAUGCUGCUUGCCAUGGUGGCCGUGCCGUGGCUGGUGGGACAGCUGGGUGGCACCACCAGCGGCCUGCCGUCCUUCCUCAACCUCAGCAACCUCGGCAAAAUGGCCGGCUUUGGACGCGCAGAUGACGGUGAGGAGACCACGACGGGUCUGAUGGCGCGCCUGGACGAUACGCUGGCCCAGUACGACAUCGACUCGACGGCGUGCAUGCAGCGGGGCGUGUGCACCUACGUGCGCGAGGCUGCACUCAGCGUCAAGGAGGGUCACGCCGAGUCACACGACCUCCUGCUCGAGGGUCUGGUCAGCAACUCGUACGUCAACUCGUGGCUGAACGGCACCUCCAUCCUGGAGGCCGCUGAAGCGGGUCGAUCGGGGGCCAACUGCGCCGCCACGUUCGUCAAGUGUCCGCUGACGGCCAACAGUGUCUACCUGGCGCUGGCCAAGUUCAUAGGGAAUACCGUAUAGACCAGCGCUCAACGGGAGCAGAGCAGUCUA